AUGGCUAGUUUGAAUACAGGAAAGAAGAAACAUCUAUCUAUUCUUGCUGAUGCUGCACUCAAGGACUUUCGACCCCAGCUGGAGAACAUCACACCUCAAAACUGCGAUGCCACUUUCGCAUUCUCCUUCCUUGCAGAAUACUACAUUCCUGCCUCUGCAGGUACCGUCGUCAAUCCCGCUGCCACAUUUAUGGAGGAUGAAUUCUUCGAUGCCAUUGUGGACUGGCUUCGUUCGCACGAAGGGACAUCAGACAUUUACAAGCGCAAGGGUCACGGGAUUCAAAGCGGCCCUGUUGCUCCUCUUCUCUGGAGUGAUGUGGAGUGA